AUUUCUAAAAGUUGCGCGAUUUCUGCAAGUACAGCCAUCUCACGACGAAUUUCUCAAUCUUUCGUGUCGAACGCUAUUCACGAUCUUACGAACUCUAUUUGAGUAUUUGUUAGCUUUGCUUCUCGCGUUUCAAUAUCACUCGACGGUACAAGCUUAAUUUCUCUGAAGAAUAUAGCUGAUAAUAGUCGAGUUUUCAUGCAAGCUAUAUGUAUAUAGAAAAGCUUGCUCCAAGGAAAAGUGCAGGAAAGGUUGUGAAAGUAGAUCUGUCAUUUGCUCUUUGACCCAUUUGCGGUGGAAGCGACGUUCGUAUCACAUUGUAGAGACAUUAAAUCGGGCACCGCAGAUAUUAUUCUGCAGGCUGCUGGUAAAUAUACUUACAUAUAUUGCACUCGAGAUGACGCAAGUUUUACGGUUCAACUUCCCUCGUGCUUACGUACGUACGAAAUUUGUAAAAUUGCUGACACUGUAGUUACAAAUUGGAUGUCAAAUGAGAACAACCGUAAGGUCAAACCGCAUUCGAAUCGAAAUAACGAACGCUUGAGUCAGUUGAUCGAACUGCAGAAAAAACAACGAUUCGUGUGUUAUCGAGCCGAUUUUUAAUACGGUUGCAUUCGCGAUGUCUCUUCGUCUUUGUGUCCUUUUAGUUCUCCUUGUAGCAAUAUGGGGUAUCUAUGGCAUCCAAGUGUUUGACAAACAAAAUCGUUUUCCUCAAGAAGUAUCGGAACGGCUAGAUGAAUAUUGGAACUUGUACAAGACUCGUUACAAUAAAAGUUACUCUGGAAAUCUCGAGACUAACCGAAGGAUAGCUUGGGAAGAAAAUUUAAUAACGAUUUAUAAGCACAAUAUGAUGGCAGCUGCGGGUCAUCACAGCUAUACAUUGAGAGACAAUCACAUUGCCGAUCUCGGAACUAGGCAAUAUAUUCGAGAAAUGGUAAAACUAAUUCCUAGUCGUAAGCGGCGUGUAUCGAAUGAACCGAUAGUUGGAGCGGUUUUACAUGAUCCUCGAAGAAUUCCACCACAGCUUGAUUGGCGCGAAAUGGGAUUUAAAACGCCGCCAGAAAACCAAAGAGACUGCGGAAGUUGUUACGCGUACUCGAUAGCCACCAGCAUUCAAGGGCAAAUCUUCAAAAAAACAGGAAUGUUGAUUCCAUUGAGCGAACAACAGUUGAUCGAUUGCAGUACGUCUACUGGAAAUUUAGGUUGUUCAGGGGGUUCUCUGAGAAACACACUGAGAUAUCUCGAAAAGGCAAAAGGUCUAAUGCCUCAAAGCCGUUAUUCGUAUACAGCGAAACAAGGUCCCUGUCGUUUUGUAGAAGACUUGAGCGUAGUUAACAUCACUUCAUGGGCAGUUUUACCAGCACGUGACGAAAAAGCUUUGGAAGCUGCCGUAGCGACCAUAGGUCCGAUAGCUGCUUCGAUAAAUGCCAGUCCAAAAACGUUUCAACUUUAUCACACAGGAGUCUACGAUGACGAGGUUUGUAGCUCGGACACGGUGAAUCACGCUAUGGUGAUCGUUGGAUACACGCCAACCGAAUGGAUUCUGAAGAACUGGUGGGGCAACGGAUGGGGUGAAAAUGGAUAUAUGCGUCUGGCUAAAAACAAAAAUCGAUGCGGCAUAGCCAAUUAUGCGGCGUAUGCAAAAGUUUAACUCAAUAUGAAUCGGAGAACGAACCCAUUAAAAGAUAUUUAUUAAAAUCUAUCAUUUUUAAAUUAACGACGAUACCAUUCUACAUCUCUUCGUGUUAUUCUCGGUCAUUAAAGGAAGAACGUAUAGUGGCAUGAACGUAUAGAUCGGCGUGUAUGGGUGUGGAUGACCCGAAAACACGAUUAGGUCGUUGCUCGCCAACUCCUUCAAGACACUGAAGAGAUUUACGUACUUUCACGAUGUUUCCCACCUCCGAAAGAACAAGAUAGUAUAAGUAUAAAACAGUAAGAGUUUGAUCGCUCUCGGAAGCGAUAGUUUAAUCAGCCUUGAAUUCAGCUACAGAUUGCUCAUUUUCUCAACAAUUAAUUUUUUUUUUUUUUUUUGUUACUUCUUCUUAUCUAGUAGACACUUGAAAUAAAAUUUCAGCAAGGGGUAACCGUUUAUCGAAAAGAGUAACGUACGCAUGGGCAAUCGUGUGCGCGGUCGGAUGCGAUCGUGGAUCGAGAAAAUUUUGUCGACGAAAUUUGUUCCACGAAUUCGUCCAAUGGACAUAAUGUAGUGCGUUCAUGGGAAAUAGACGACGCGCGCUCUUGCUUUACGUAUCAAAUGUUCUAAUAAUUUCAAAAUCUUUCUUACCAAACCGAGCACAUAAUUAAGAAUUUAGGUGAAAAAGAUGAAAGAACGGACUACAAAGACGACGAAGCACAAAGCAUGUUCGUGGCGCGUGUUUCCCCCGACGAUAUCAGUACGAUUCGUCUCCGUCCAAUCCGCUGUAUCCCCCGCUGAUGGAGCAAAGUUCAGACUGUACCAAGAGCCGAUGCGUGACUAAAUAAUGAUUUAACGAAGUGUCUUCAGUCUUCGCGGGUAAGUUGCAUGUGUUGUUGGAUCAGCGAAAACGACCGAAUCAAUCGAAAGGUAGAACCGUAGCGAAUUAUUGAUUAUUACGUGGACCGAAUAAUAAUUUUCGCUCGUUUAUCGUUCAAGCAUUCUGCGUCGAGCCUGAGGACGGUAUAGUGAUAAAAAAAAUAACGAAGAAGGUAAAGAAGGAAGAAGAGAAAGAAGAAAACAAGGUUGAGAGAAAGGGGG